AGAAAAAUGGCGGGGACAACGUCUGUGGCCGGCGAAGUGUUUGUGGAUGCGCUGCCUUAUUUUGACCAGGGUUACGAUGCGGCUGGCGUCAGAGAAGCGGCUGCUGCGUUGGUGGAGGAGGAAACCCGUAGGUACAGACCCACAAAGAACUACCUGAGUUACCUCCCCACACCUGACUUCACAGCCUUUGAGACAGAGAUCAUGCGGAACGAGUUUGAGAGGCUAGCAGCCCGGCAGCCACUGGAGCUGCUCAGUAUGAAGAGAUACGAGCUGCCAGCUCCCUCAUCGGGACAGAAGAAUGACAUCACCGCCUGGCAGGACUGUGUCAACAACUCCAUGGCCCAGCUGGAGCAUCAGGCGGUGCGCAUUGAGAACCUGGAGCUCAUGGCGCGUUACGGCACCAACGCCUGGAAGGUCUACAACGAUAACUUGGCCUUCAUGAUUGAACUGGCACAGAAAGAGCUGCAGAGAUUCAGAAAGCAGAUUCAGGACAUUAACUGGCAGCGCAAGAACGACCAGCUGGCUGGCGGAGCCAAACUGAGAGAACUGGAGUCCAACUGGGUGUCCUUGGUAAGUAAGAACUACGAGAUUGAGCGUGCCAUCGUCCAGCUGGAGAAUGAGGUGGCGCAGCUGAGACACCAGCAGGGGGAUGAAAACAAGGAGAACAUCCGGCAAGACUUUUAAAACAACAUAUGGAAUUUAGAACACGGAACCCAGGCGCUGGAUACAGGGGUAGUGAAGCAGAGGCAGGACAUGGUCUAUGGGUAUAAAGACUUUAUGAACAGACAGCUUGUCAGCAGACCGUUUCACCAAGUCCUGCUGACAGAUCCUGGAUAUAGCUCUGCCAUACAUCCUGAUCAUCAAUAGAACACAUGCAUGUAACUCCUGGUUUUCCCUUUUGUUGACGCCAUGAAGGCUCUGGUUGGAAUAGUUGAAAUGUUGGACUGUUGCUUUAUAUAAAGCAACUCCUAGCCCAAAUGUUUGCACUGGCACACCUAACAUCUACCCACCUAGUGUUUUGAACAUGUUAAAAAGGACCCCUUCAUACCCUAUAUUGCAAAUCUGCAACAAAUUUUUUUUACAGCCAUGUAUUUUGCAUGGAGUUUACCACUGUGCUGGAGAGGUGCAGUUCCAUGUGAUCUGAUUGUUGCUUAACAAGGACAAUGGUUAACCUCUCCUGACCAAAUAUUAAUUGAAGUGGUAGAGUGUAAGCAAACCUGAACCCUAUAAGCCCCUGAAUGAGGUUGUGCUUCCCUGCGACCCCUUACAGCAUACAUACAGCUACUUAACGGCUUCUAUAUGUCAUUUAAUAUUAGUCAUAUUUCUCAGUUAAAGUCCUUGCCAGAAUUUUAUUCCAAGGGAGAAUAGCUAUACGUUUGAAUGUGGUGACACUGUUUUUAAAAGUCUCAGGAAUGUCUCUAAAGUGAAAAUUAAAUGAGAAAUGUUUUUUUUUAGCUGUGUAGAUGUUAAAUGCUGUAGUGCCAGGGCUAGCAUUUUUUUUUUUGUGGAAG